UUUACUGAGAUCUGGCUAUUGCUGGCAGCAACUUUUGCUGUUCAUCUACUAAAUUGAAGGGCAAUCGAGAUUUCGUACUCCAAUCGCAGCCGCUUUGGAUCUUCCAGGAGCCGACUAAUUUUAAGCAAAAAAUUCUCCAGCCGACCCCCUCGGAACAGGUCCGAGGGUAAUUAGAACACGAGAAUGUACCAGUAAAUAAUUGAAAUGCAGCCUAUUUUGGAAAGGCACCAGGCGAUUUGAAAGCGAUCCAGUGCAGCCCGGCCAUAAAUCAAGAGGAAAAUGUGAUGGCUCCACACAGUAUUUAGCAAAUGAAGAAAGUUGGAGCUGAUCUUAAAUGGCUUGGAUGUGAUUGCCAGCCAGGGGCCGGCGCACUUGAGCCUAAGAGCUGGGGAAGAGCGAGCGAGAGAGAAGAGGAAGAGAGAGAGAGAGAGAGAGAGAGGCUCUCCUGCUGGUUGGGUUUGGUUGUGGCAAGCCCCGCAGGAUCCAGCCAUUUCUUCCACUGACAACACUCCGGGAAGGAGGAGCUUCCCCCGCGCCGCGUAGAAGGCGUCAGAAUCCUCAAUUUCCAACUUAGCAUCUUGGCAGGACCUUUCGCAAAGCCAAAAGCAGAUCUCGAAAAAAGCCUCUCGCUCCAAAGGCAAAAAAAAAAAAAAAAAAGAAAGAAAAGAAAAAGGCAGCCCUGCUAGCUAGCGAGCCGAGCGAGCCGCAGCGGCAGCAGCCGAGAACCAGGAGCAAGGUGCUGGGCUGCUGCUGCUGCUAACCCGCCCGCUGCCCCACCUGGCAAGAGGGCUUGAGAAAAAAAAAAAGUCACCUAGAAAAAUCAAAGCGAGCGGCAGCUCCUGGCUAUUUUGCUGCCCGGGUAUAUGUAUGUGUUUGGCCAUGUCGUAUCCUCAGGGUUACUUGUACCAGCCCUCCGCUUCCUUGGCGCUCUACUCGUGUCCGGCUUACAGUACCAGCGUGAUUUCGGGACCCAGGACCGAUGAACUUGGCCGAUCUUCUUCGGGCUCCGCUUUCUCGCCUUAUGCCGGAUCUACCGCUUUUACUGCCCCUUCUCCCGGUUACAACUCCCAUCUCCAGUACGGCACAGACCCGGCAGCCGCCGCCGCCGCCGCCUUCACUUCAUACGUGGGCUCACCCUACGACCACACACCAGGUAUGGCAGGUUCCCUGGGGUACCAUCCCUACGCGGCGCCCCUGGGCUCCUACCCCUAUGGAGAUCCAGCCUACCGAAAAAAUGCCACCCGGGAUGCCACCGCCACCCUGAAGGCCUGGCUGAACGAGCACCGCAAGAACCCCUACCCCACCAAGGGCGAGAAGAUCAUGCUGGCCAUCAUCACCAAAAUGACCCUCACCCAGGUCUCCACCUGGUUCGCCAACGCCCGGCGGCGGCUCAAAAAGGAGAAUAAAAUGACCUGGACCCCCAGGAACCGGAGCGAGGACGAGGAAGAAGAGGAGAAUAUCGACCUCGAGAAAAACGACGAGGACGAGCCCCAGAAGCUGGAAGAAAAGGGCGACCCGGAGGCUCCCGAGACAGGUAGGGGGGAUUGGGGAGAAGGCGAGCACAUCCCAGGGCAGGACCCCAGCGGGACUGGCGCCUGGGGGGAUUGUUCUGGCGUGGCGGUCUCUGCGGCCAGCUGCCUCGAUGGCACAAGGGGAGAUCGCUGCGGGGCAGCGGGUGUUUCUGCCGGGCAUGGCCUUGUGGCCUCUUCGCCUCCCCCCCCCCCCCCCCCCCCAACCCCACUGAGCUGCAGCUCAGAGGCCAGGGCGGAAUGUCACCUGCCAGCUGCGGGGAGUUGUGUGCGCGCAGAGGGACAUGGCAGCCCGGGGAUGCCCCUUUCACUCCCUCUGCUCCGUGUGUGUAUGUGUGUUUGUGGGGGAACUUGGGCUCGGGAUCAGGAGCCCUCGCAAACUUUCUGUCGCCCUCCUCUUCCCCCUUUGCACACAGGAGGAGGAGAAGAGCAGAAGGCAGCCCCGAGCUGCGAGCGGCUGCAGGAGCCCCACUCCCCGGCGGGCCAGGAGGCCGAGGGCGGCCUGAGUGACUCGGAUUGUAAAGAGCCUCCGGAGGAGAGGCUGGAGGGGAGGCCGGGCCCCCCCAAAGCGGCCGGCCCUGCGGCCUUGGUGCAAUGCCCGGCCAGCCGGAUCCUGCAGCAGGCGGCGGGUGGCGAGGAGCUCCAGCACCAGUACCGGCCCCCUUCAGCAGCCGCCGCCGCCCCCCACCCGGGAGAGCUGCACCCCAUCGCCCCCUCCAGCAACAGCACGUCGGUGAUCCACUCGUCGCAGCAGGCUGCCCUCGCCAAACCCAAACUCUGGUCCCUGGCUGAGAUCGCCACCUCCGCGGACAAAUCGAAAGAGAGCAGCAGCGAGGUGUCUCCGGGAGCGGGGCCGAACCAGGGCCCUCCCUUGGCCGGGAGCAGCACCUCGCAUUCCCCGUCGCGGUCCCCCUCCUCCCAGUGCCCCUUUCCUAACAGCGCCGUCCUCUCCCGGCCCCUUUACUACGCGUCUCCGUUUUAUCCGGGCUACACGAACUAUAGCACCUUUGGGCACCUUCACAGCCACGCUGGCACCAACCCGGCCGCCGGAGCCCCCAGCAGCCAUUUCAAUGGAUUAAACCAGACUAUUUUAAACAGAGCAGAAACCUUGGCUAAAGAAACUAAAAUGAUCAGAAGCCAAUCCCAAGUAGAUCUUUGCAAAGACUCACCUUACGAACUGAAGAAAGUGGCGUCGGUUCCUUCCUCUGCGGCGCAACUUUACCGCAAGGCCAGGGGCAAGAAGGUUAAGCUAGGCAAGAUCUCCAGCAGGAGCGACUUCACUUCGCCCAACUUUGCCGGAUGUUGCCCUGGCCCCAAGGAGCGCCCUGCUGGUCCUGCGGGAACUCAGAACCACGCUGGAGCCGAAGGUCGCUGCGGGUCUGGGGGUGCGCACGUGCGGGGCCUGGAGAGGAAGGACUCCGCUGUCCGCGGAAGGAGACAGAUCCGCUCGGAGCCCGAUCCUGCUCUCCCCGCGAUCCGUGGCAACACUCCCAUCAGCUCCAACGGGAGCCGGAUCCAGUCCGCUGGAUCGUGCGACUCCCCCACUGUAGGCAGGGGCCCCGCUGCCCCGGGACAGGCACACAGGUCGCGUGUAAGGACAGGGCACUCGCCCACGGGCAGGCACCCACUCGGGGAGGGAGUGGGUGAAGCCAUCCCAGAGACUGGGGCACUACUUGCGCCUCUACGAGUGUACUGACUUCUCCAGUCCUCAGCUGCAGGACGUUAGGAAAUGAAUUAGCCAAGACCUUAAAGAAAAUACAAACGAAUGCACUGAUGGGCAGGUAAACCCAGGAAGAUUAGAGGUGUUAAAAGCGGUUGGUAAAGUAGCGUCACUGCGAGUCCUUUUCUGCUUUUGGGAGAGGGGGGAAGCGGAGGGGGAGAAACUCCCCUAGAAAUGCAGCGCGGACCCUAGGACUGCUCCGGAUGCUGAAGUGCGGGAGCUGCCUAGUUCGAGGUCCGAUCCAGGGGGAACAGAAAGUUCGCUUUGAUUUUGAAACUCACCUAACCCGUUCCCUUUGUGUGUGUGUGUGUGUGUCAGACAGCCCUAGGCUCCAGCGAGAGGGGCUUUCCCAUCUGGCAGCUGUCCGCUACAAGGGGGGAGGGGUGUGCCUGCCCCUCAUCAUCCUAAAGCAUAUUUGCAAAUGAACACAGCGCCCAAAGCAGAGGAGCUACUCACCUGCUCGGGCUUAGAGAGCUUUCCCCCCCACACACACCUGUGGAAAGCAAUGUCCCUUUUCCUUUUAAUGGACGUACCCCCCUGGCGUGGGAUCUCAUCCUCCAGAGAACCCUGGAGUUCGCUUUCAGGAAGGGUCUGGGCACGGAGAUGUACUUUCGAUGAAAGGCCUGGUCAAUAACACUAAGCAAUAAUGGGACCCCAGCCGCCAUAUUAUUUUCCACAGCAAAUACUCACUUGUUAAGUCCAUUAGGAAACUUAACAAUAACAAAACCCGGGGAUGGAGGAUGCAUCUAUUCUUGCUGAGAGGACCUGGCUGGAAAAGAUCCAAGGCUACCUCACCCGAGAGUCAGUUGGGAUUGAACUGUUCCUUUUCCCUCCCCAAAAUAAAGUUCAGCUUUUCAGUGAGAGUCACUGACAGACUGGGAUUAUCCUGCACUCUGCUGGUUCCUCCCACGGUUGAAAUAAAAAAACAAACCUUAAUUCUGAUCCGCAGCAUACUGUACCGUGUUUACAUACACCCAACUGCUUUCCCUGCAAUGGCUGCUUUUUCAAUUGUCUCUAUUAACCAUCUAGCAUGUCCCUGCCAUCUAGCAUACCAAAUACUACUCGGAGAGCGAUUACAGUAACAGCAUACAUCUUUCUGUGGAAGGCAUAUUUUGAUAUAAUUGGCUUAGAGUUUUUUUUUUUUUACCCCCUCUCUUCCUCUAGUAAGAUGAUCUAAACAGAAUAUUUUCUAGUCAUGCCUAGGAACGACUUCCAAGCUCUUCUAGAGCAAGGAAAUGCACUUGGUCAGCAGGUUUAAAAGGCGAUUGAAAAUAAAUUUAGCCUUCAUUUCGGAAGCAAAGGAAUCAUUGUUUAAAACUGAUUCCCCGCCUCUCCCCAAAUCUGGCCAGUAUGAAUGUUUAAAAAAAACACCACAACCACCACCCACGAACCCCAUAAGAACCGGCUUGAUCGAAGAUAGGCUGCAAAAAAGGAGUUUACAUGGGUCAAAAAGGUAGAGUAGCUCAAACGAGAUGCUGUAAAUGGUCGUCAGACACCCAAUCCCACAACUCAAUCAGCUGAUUGCCGGCAGCUUGGCUAUUGAAUCAGACAGCUCGGUUCUGUUGACAAACAGAGCGCUGUGCUGUUAAUUAUUGUUAUUACGCAGAUGUAGAAGUCAGGUUUCUUACGUCCGGCUUUGCAUUAACAAACCACUAGAGAAACAGACUCGAGUCAACCUAGUCUCCAGCGCGGAAUCGAAUUCAGCACAGAAAGUGCAAAGAGACCUCCCCCUCCCCUUUCCCCUUUUUAUAUGACUUGCUUAGAUUAUUAGUAAGGACAUCUGUGGCUGGCAGUGGAACAAGUGUUACCAAAAACAGAACCGACUGUUUUUCCAAAUGAGCAAUAUGUUAAUGCCUCAUCCCCCCCUCUGGUUUCUUUAAAACCUGGCACAAAUACAUCAAUAGUGGAGAAUAAGGAGCCUUUGCAGAGAACAAGUGGCAGUUUUGAAUUUACCUUUUGUGUGUGCCUCAGAUGCAAUCUUGAGGCAUUUUUCGCCCUCUCUCCCACAGAAAAAGAGCGUUAAUCUGCCCUAUCUUGGGACCCAAAAGAAUUGGAGUGGAGUAGAUAUUCACUGAAAUCACAUAGGGGAAUAAGGGUCUUGCUUUAUUGAAUCAUCAAAUCCCAGGAAUGAAGCUUUUAAUUAAUUAUGGGUGCUAAAAAUUCAGGCCAGCUGUUUCUUUUUACUUGGCUCCGACAAAGACAAAGUCUAUGCUGAGAUCUUCUAAAUCACAUUCACUAUAAAUCAUUCUCCCUCAAUGAUACUUCUAGCCACGAAAUGAACCUGUAACUGACAGAUGGUUUAUUGUCCCCCUGCAUUCCUCUACCCUGUACCUAGCCAGGAUUUUUAAAAAUAAAUUUGUCCAAGCAAGUUCUUGACUAUUAAUGAUCAGGCACUUAAAACUCCCUCUCUCCCCUCGUUUUUUUGUUUGUUUUGUUUUUAAACCUGCUUUACAAAUAUUUAUGAAUAAAUACUUGUUUGGGUGAAGUGAGAGAGGGCAAUUACACCGACUGCUACUUUAAAUAGAUUGUGAGAAAAGCUUAACCAUAAAAACAAACAAAAGUAACAAAAAUAAACACCAGAGCCCCGGGUUUCCCUAAAUCUCAGAGUUCUACUCGUGGGUAAAGGCUGCACACGAUUCUUGCAGCUGUUUGAGGGUUCAUAAGAAAGCUGCUGCCCAGUAACAAAAUCCUUGCAUUAAACCAGACAGCUCCUAUUAAUAAGCGCUGCAUUUUACUGUCUAAUGUACCCUCUGCGCGAUGUCUCCUUCCCCUGCUCACUCUUCUGAUUUUUGAGAGCGCCAGCUCCCCUCUCGUUUAAAGGGAUCCGUCCUGCAGACACGUGGGGCCCAAUCCUGCAGAGGCUUACCCGGGGGAGGACUGAAGAAUCGGUCUCGUGCAAUAAAUGACAAAGCGAAGAUUUACCAUUGUACAGAUUUAUUUCAGGUUAGCAGAACAGAACGAAACCCACGCCUAGACAUGCACUUUAAACGCGCUGCCAACGAUUAAUACCCCUGCCACUAUCACCCAGCAGCAGGCUUCGAGAAGAAAAAGUUAGCGCAGUAGCAAACUGUAACCCCAUCCCACGCUCCCCAACUCAUUCUGUUGAAUCAGAGAUAGACAUUCGAUUCAGCUCUAUAGACAACAUCUAUUUGCAUCGAGUCAUUUAGUACUAACCCACCACUGGGGAUUUCCCCCCCUCGCUCGAAAUGUGUUUGAUUACGUUAUUCACUACUUUUACCCUAUUUACGUUACGUUAUUCAAUAGUUACUUACGUUAUUUCACGGGACACUGC